GGUGGCGAGAGCCCGCCCCGGAAAUGCGUGUUUUAGCUUUCUGUGUGCUUAGGUGCCCGAGCUACUGAGGGUCUAGGUCCGGGCAGCCGAAGAGUGUGGUAGGUAACGGUCGUCAGCGCAAGGGUCAUUUCGUCGCUGGGAAGGGACGGCCCUCGCCCGCGGUGAUGGUGGUUAGCAAGAUGAACAAAGAUGCGCAGAUGAGAGCAGCGAUUAACCAAAAGUUGAUAGAAACCGGAGAAAGAGAACGCCUCAAAGAGUUGCUGAGAGCUAAAUUAAUUGAAUGUGGCUGGAAGGACCAGUUGAAGGCACACUGUAAAGAGGUAAUUAAAGAAAAAGGACUAGAACACGUUACUGUUGAUGACUUGGUGGCUGAAAUCACACCAAAAGGCAGAGCCCUGGUACCUGACAGUGUAAAGAAGGAGCUCCUACAAAGAAUAAGAACAUUCCUUGCUCAGCAUGCCAGCCUUUAAGAUUGAAUUAGAUUGUGUUGUUUUGUGGUUUUAUUUCUGAAAGUAAAAACUUGCCAUAAAUUAGGAAUCGAUUUCCCAAAAUAAAAUUCUUUUUUGUAUGAUGGUAUACAGUUUUCAGUAAUGAUGUAUGUGUUAUUUUAAUAAAUAUCUCAUGAAUGAGUUUGAAGUUUCCUUGGAUUUUGGAAUAAAAGGGACUUUAUUAAUAAUAUACCAUAUUUGUUCAGAGGAAAAUUCAGCAAUUAAUACAGUGUAAGUGUUAAGUAUGUGCAUAUCUCUGUGCUAACAAUUAAGGAGGAGUAAGCAGGCUCUUCUUACUGUCUGGAUGUGGUGUAUUCCUCUUUUGAAUCUCUGCUAUUUUAUAAUACAUGUCCCAUCUUGUACUACAGAUGUCUUAUUUCUGAUUUGUUAUAAAUGCUGAGGGUUGGGGACUGGGUCUUACUCAUCUUUAUGUGCCUUCCUUAUUCCUCAAAGAAUUUACCAUCCUAUUGGAAGAGAGAACAUUUGCAAACUGGCUCCAUACCAAGCUCCUCUCACAUACUCUACUCAUCCGAACUUUGAGAGCAGGAACUAAAUUGCAUCCCCACAUACUAAGGUCAAGAAAGAACUUAAUGGGAAAUAAUCUCCACCUGUAGCUUUACUCUGACAUCAAGAUUGCCAAAUCCAAUGGACUCUUGUCUGUUCUUAUGUGACCUCUGCUGGAACGAGAAUGUUGACCAUCCUGCCACUUGGAACUUUCUUCCCACUACUCACAUUGUGCAUUCCUACCACUGGAAGUUCCUUCUGUGUCUUGUGGAAACCUUUUGCUGUAUGGGACUUCAAAUAAUCGUGUUUCUUAGUGUUCCCUCCUGGGCCCUCUGCUUGACUAGUGAUAUACUUUCCUUGGGCGAAUCCCAGGAAACUUGGGUUGGACCAUGGCUUCAAAUACAAACUUGUUGAUAAAGGCUAAAUUGUUUCUCCAAACCAGACUUCAACCCAGCCUUCAGACCUGUACCCAACUGCUGUGGAUCAGCUUUCUUGGAUGUUCCAUAAACACCUUAAACUGA